CUCGCUGCUGCCACAGCUCUGCCGAAGGGUGGGGGAGGAAGAGGAGGGAGCCUUCCCGGGGACUAAACCAGAGCUGAGAGGAGAGGCAGGUGUGUGCAGGUGAGUCACCUGGAUCAUGAGGUCAUUCCUCUGCUGGGUCCUCCCACUUCUUCUCAUCUUGGCCUCAGUGACCCAAGGCCAGCCAACAAGGCAACCAAGACCCAGGCCCAGGCCCAGGCCCAGGCCCAGACCCAGACCCAGACCCACGCCCAGCUUUCCUCAGCCCGAUGAGCCAGCGGAGCCUACAGACCUGCCUCCUCCCCUCCCACCGGGUCCUCCAUCUAUCUUCCCUGACUGCCCCCGAGAAUGCUACUGCCCCCAUGAUUUCCCGUCUGCCCUCUACUGUGAUAGCCGCAAUCUGCGCAAGGUCCCUGUCAUCCCACCCCGCAUCCAUUACCUGUAUCUCCAGAACAACUUCAUCUCUGAGCUCCCACUGGAGUCCUUCAAGAAUGCCUCAGGCCUGAGGUGGAUCAACCUGGAUAACAACCGGAUUCGCAAGGUGGACCAGAGGGUGUUGGAGAAACUGCCCAGCCUGAUCUUCCUCUACAUGGAGAAGAACCAGCUGGAAGAGGUCCCCUCGGCCCUCCCCAAGAACCUGGAGCAGCUGAGGCUGAGCCAGAACCAUAUCUCCAGAAUCCCGGCCGGAGUCUUCAGCAAACUGGAGAAUCUGCUGCUCUUGGAUCUCCAACACAACAGGUUGAGUGAUGGUGUCUUGAAGCCUGACACCUUCCAGGGCCUCAAGAACCUCAUGCAGCUCAACCUGGCCCACAACAUCCUGAGAAAGAUGCCACCCAACGUGCCCACAGCCAUUCACCAGCUCUUCCUUGACAGCAACAAUAUCGAGACCAUCCCUAAAGACUACUUCAAGGACUUUCCCAACCUUGCCUUCAUCCGGCUUAACUACAACAAGCUGUCAGACAGGGGACUCCCCGAGAACUCCUUUAACAUUUCCAACCUGCUAGUGCUCCAUCUGUCACACAACAAGAUCAGCAAUGUGCCUGCCAUCAACAACAAGCUGGAGCACCUAUACCUCAACAACAAUUCCAUUGAGAAAAUCAACGGGACCCAGAUUUGCCCCAACGACAUAGUCGCCUUCCAUGACUUCUCUUCAGAUCUGGAGAAUGUGCCACACCUGCGAUACCUGCGCCUGGACGGGAACUACCUGAAGCCACCCAUCCCACUGGACCUCAUGAUGUGCUUCCGCCUCCUGCAGUCCGUGAUCAUCUAGGCCCUUACUCUGACCCUGCAUCUCCUUCAGACCAGACUUGAAUGUUGG